CAUCGUUCUUCUUGGAACAUACCUCUACAGCUCUGCAAACAGUAGGUACUGUAGCAGAGGUACGACCGCAUCACGGAUACUCCCUGUACUACUGUAGGCUGUCUGUUCGUCUCGUCUCUGGCUGGGGAGGAUCACGCCCGUUCUCUCUCUCUCUCUCUCCCUCUCUCUCUCUCCGAAUGUAUCCCUCUCCCCCCAUGCUAAAGUUGCCAAGUCUUUUUUCCACCCCUUGGGCCCAGGGCCCUGAAUCAAAGUGGGAAUCGAUCCUCUUCGUCAGAGAAGCAGAAUCCCCAUCGACACGCCAAGCAAUGCCAACAGGACACACAACAAAAGCAACCCGGAUGCCGCCCGCCAUGCUUUCCCCAGAUUUCCCUUCCCCUCCUGGGAAACCUGCUUUAGUUCCUUAGCUGCUUUCCCGCCUCUUCCGCUCGUUCCUGGACGUAUUUCUUCUUGCUACCUUGAUAGUGUAUUCCGAAGCGGCACAGCUUCUUCUUCGUUGUUGAUUGUGUUCUACAAGGUUAUUUUUUGAACAGUCUGCUUGCCUCACCUCUCUCCCCUCCCAACGUGUCUGUCUCCUCGUCCGAAUACUACACACACUGGCACACCCUAAGCCGAAUCCUCCUCUGCCUGCGACCUCGAGUUCGACGACGACAACCGUUCUCUUCUCAUCGAUCGAAUCCUUCUUCGAGUGUGGACUUUCUGUCCCCCCAACUGGCGAUUCGUCCCAAUUCAAGGCCGGCAUUCUUACUCGAUUUCGUCCAUUACCCCCCCGGUCGUCAUUCCGUCACUUCCUGGAAUCCAACCCGUUGCGUCGUACCCCCCUCCGGAAUUGCGCAUCGUCAACCUCACUUUGCCAGUACAGCGAGGUUCCCGCCAUUUGCUGUUGACAUCUAUAUUAUCGAUCAUUUUUGUCGCUCGUUUUCUUCGCACGUGUAGUUUCCAGCCUGAAAACCGGCUUACACACACUUAACCCCCUCCAUCCUCCGAUUCACUCGCUCAAACAUGCUGUCGUCCCUCGUUUCGGGCGCUUUGCCCGUGGCGUUGCUGGCCUUCUCCGGGGCUGCGGAAGCGGCGUACUCGAUCGACACAAGAGAGGACAUCCUUACAACCGCAAGUACACUCGCAUUCGAUCUCAUGAAGUUUUACGACGGAAACCAGACGGGCAAAAUUCCCGGCAUCCUCCCCGGGCCGCCAGACUCGGGCAUCGGCGACUACUACUGGUGGCAGGGCGGCGCCAUGAUGGGCACGUAUGUCGACUACUGGUACUACACAGGCGACGACAGCUACAACGCCGUCGUCACGGAAGGCAUGCUGCACCAGACGGGAGAUGACCGCGACUACAUGCCCCGGAACCACACCCUCUCCCUCGGCAACGACGACCAGGGCUUCUGGGGCAUGACGGCCAUGCUCGCCGCCGAGAACAAGUUCCCCAACCCGCCGCCCGAAAAGGCGCAGUGGCUCGCCCUCGCGCAGGCCGUGUGGACGACCCAGGCGGAUCCGAUACGCCACGACAAGACUUGCGGCGGCGGCAUGCGGUGGCAGGUUCCCCCGACCAACGUGGGCUAUGACUACAAGAACACCAUCUCCAACGGCUGCUUCUUCAACAUCGGCGCCCGCCUGGCCCGGUACACCGGCAACGACACGUACGCCCGGUACGCGGAGGAGACCUGGGACUGGCUGUGGGCCGUGAACUACAUCGACCAUGAGAGCUGGAGGGUGUACGAUGGAGGCCAUGUCCCCUACAACUGCACAAACGUCUUCAAGGCCACCUUUUCAUACAACAUUGGUGUCCUGAUGCAGGGCUGCGCAUUUCUCGCCAACUACACGGGAGAGCAAAAAUGGUUCGACCGCACGCUGGCCCUCGCGAACCGCGCCAUCGAGGACUUCUUCGCCGACGGCGCCGCCUACGAGAUCCCCUGCGAGUUCGAAAAGGGCCGCUGCUCGCAGGACAUGCUGAGCUUCAAGGGCUACCUCCACCGCUGGAUGACCGUCGUGACGCAGCUCGUGCCCUCGACCCGCGACCUCAUCAUGCCGGUGCUGCGCAACUCGACGGCGGCCGCCAUCCGGCAGUGCACCGGCGGCGCCACGGGCCGCGUCUGCGGCUUCUACUGGACCGGCGGCGUGUUCGUCGACCCGGCCGUCGACAAGACGUCCGGCGCCGGCGAGGCCAUGAACGUCCUGGCCGCGGUCCAGAGCCUGCUCGAGGUCGACCCGCCGGCCACCAACGACACGGGCGGCAUAUCCCAGGGCGACCCCGACGCCGGCCUCAACUCGAACCCCUUCCGGGAGCCCUCGCCCGUCACCACCGGCGACCGCGCCGGCGCCAGCAUCCUGACGGUCGUCGUCCUCCUCAGCGCCGUCGCCAUCUGGGGUUGGAUGUCGGUACCCCACGCGGAAUGGAACGUGGAUAAGGGCAAGGAGAAGGAGAAGAUGGGGUCCAAGGGCGCGCACCUCGACUUCUCGCAGGAGAGCGUGACUCCGGUCAAGAUUGUGAGCUAGGGAUCGCAUUUCUUUAACAUGUGAGCCGGGGAAAAUAUCUCAAGGGUCGUUUUGAUGGCAUUGGAGUAGCAUUCAUUCGUAGCAUAUGGGCGGCGUUUACUGUUGGCAUAAAAGGGCCUAAGCCGACAUCGGCAUAACAAAUUAUCACCAGUUUCUUUUUUUCCCUCUUUUCCAGUAGGAUCCUUUUUCCAACAUCGCCGUGAACCAUUUCCUUCAUAUAUGACUACGAUAUAUGACCAUGUUGAUCCCUGAUAAACUUAUACAGGUAACUAGUAAAUAUUCCGAAAUAUACGGCAUGGACCACAGGAAACUGCCAUGUCUAAGAGAAAGUUACUCCUGAGCCGACCCUAAUUCAAGUAUAUUCUACCAACUACGAAUUCACAUCUGUCUACAGUUGAUCUUGAGGACGAAGAGAACCACGAGUACGACUGAGUAUAUGUGAGCUCCUGAGAAUACCAUUUCCCAAAUCCAGGUCCAUGUUGUAACAAUUAAUUCGUCAUAGUUUGGGGCAAAACAAUAAUACUCUUCUCUUCAUAUUCAAUUGUUUGUACAGCAUACUCGUACAACUAACUCCUGGGUAUCGCACUAUGUAGUAUACACUUGUCCACGCAUUAUACACAGCCUCCGACUUCUCAUCAGGGCCGACCAUUCCUUCCUUCCAUUCGCUUCAGAUUAUUCGUCCAAUUUAAUCCAC